AAGAGUCUGGCACGCGCAAUCUCUUCACUCGAUAGUCAUUAUUUCUGUUUUUCCGUGCGCGAAAAUCUCGUAAUAUUAGACUGUGUUAAAAACAACCAACCACGCAAUUCCAUUCAAUCCUCCUCUAUAUGGUUGAUGUUAUUCUGUUCAUUAAGAUGCGAUUCGCGUUUUGGUUCCAGGUGAAAAUGCGGUGGAAUAUAGGAUACAUAGGUUUGGCAAAUUUCAUAAUGGGUGAUAAAACAAACUUUACGCGUCCAGACGCGCGAGACCGAGCGCAGCUUAGGGGCAAGAAGAAAUGGAUCAUUAGCUUAUGAGGAACGAAGCACCUGCAGGACUUUGAUCUGUUUACGAUACACUCAAUGAAAGCACUUAACUCGGGAGUUUGCAGGCUAAUAACGCGCAAUAAUUGAUCUUAAUGCUUUCUUCGAAACGGUCUCUCGUGGGAACAAGAUCAGAUGCCUCACACGCCUGCAUGUUCUCCUUGGCUGGGCUUGUCUUUCUCUUUAGGAUUAAAUAGCACAUAUCUGAUUGUUGCGAGGAGACAUUAAGUGUGUUGUCAGAAUUACAAAAUCAUGGUCCUGGAAAGGAGUGUAUGAUAUCCUGAUAUAAACCAACACUAACCAAAGGAGGCGGAACAAUGCCAGACUCCGCCCUCUCUCCACCUGUUCCACCAAUCACUGCUCUGAACUGUUCCUUGGAUGUUUCAAAUUGCUCCUUCGCUAACCUCUCCACAGUCGCAUAUGGAGACGAGUGCUACGGCAGCCACUCUUUGUUUGUUGUAAUGGCGGUUGCCUACAGUGCUGUGGUACUUUUGGGUGUCGUUGGCAACCUGGCUCUCAUCCUUGUCAUCACCCGGCAACGGGAACUUCACAAUGUCACAAAUGUCCUAAUCGCAAACCUCUCUGUUUCGGACCUGCUGAUGUCCCUAGUGUGCCUGCCGUUCACCUUCAUCUACACCUUCAUGGACCACUGGGUGUUCGGCGCGGUCAUGUGCAAACUCAACAGCCUGGUCCAGUGCUGCUCCGUCUCGGUCUCCAUCUUCUCCUUGGUUCUGAUCGCCAUUGAGAGGCACCAGCUCAUCCUACACCCUCGCGGAUGGAGGCCCAGCCUGAACCACGCCUGCCUGGGCAUCAGCCUCACCUGGGCCCUGGCCGCCCUCACUGCUACACCCUUUCUGUUGUUCUCCAGGGUGACAGACACCCCGCUGAAGCAGCUGCCCUCAGUGUUUCAGGAGCAGUACCGGGGGAAGGUGGUGUGUGUGGAAGAGUGGCCCUCCAGAGGAAUCAAGCUUACCUACACCACUGGCAUGCUGGUGCUACAGUACAUCACUCCUCUCACCUUCAUCUUCAUCUGUUACCUGAAGAUCUACACUCGUCUGCAACGGCGUAAUAACAUGAUGGACAGAAUACGUGAAAACAAAAACCGUAGCAGUGAGACUAAACGGAUAAACAUCAUGCUCUUUUCCAUCGUGGUGGCAUUUGCGGUUUGCUGGCUCCCGUUGAACGUCUUUAACGCCGUCAUCGACUGGAACCAUGAAGUGGCUAUGAACUGUACCCACAAUCUCCUGUUCUCGCUGUGUCACCUGACUGCGAUGUGCUCGGUCUGCAUAAACCCGGUGUUUUACGGCUUCCUAAACCACAACUUCCAGCGAGACCUCCGGGCUUUCCGACUCUGCAAGAUUGCGUCAGUACGGGAAAAUGAAUAUGAUAUGGUUGCCAUGUCCACUGUUCACACAGACGUGUCCAAGAUGUCACUGAAAAAUAGUAGCAUAGAUUUCUAAUGACAGCGACACUCGUGUCUGUUCUGAAAAAUGCACUUAAUAAAACAAUUUUUUUUAGAUAUAGUGUGCAUUUACAGUGAAGUGAUUGUUAGUAAACAUAACAAUUCAUGUCAAGACUUAUGCUUCAAGAAAGCAACUGUUUUCCAAGCUCUGUAUUAUAGUAUAAUCAUAACAUUGUACAUACAAAAUCAAGCGAGGAUACUGAAUAGCUUUCUUCUAAUGUCCCGCAUCAGCGAGGUCUCAUUGGGGCCAAAUGAAAUCUGAAGACAUGAAUCGUAUGAUGUUCAGACGAUUGGACUGAGCUUUGAUCACUAACAUGAAAUCUUCCCACUGCUGUUUGACUCGGAAUGAAGACAGAAGAACAGAUAAUUAAUGCAAAGCCCAAGAGGUCACAAAUUCAAAGAUGUAAAUAAUGAAUGUAAGAUGUGACAUUUAAGAGACACAGCGAACUGUUUCUGACAUGGAUUCAUUUCUUUUUUCUAAAACUAAAUUGAUUUUCUUCUUUGUUAUCCCUUGACAAACCAAGCCUGCAGAAAAGCAAUUUACUUUUUUAGAGGCAUUCACACAGACAGCAAUUUGCAGCAACAUAGAGACCUGACAUUGUUCAUUUUUAAAGAGACGUGGCAAUUUCUGACAUCACGAGUGACAGCGGCUGUUGGCGAUGUGAUAAAACCUCCAGCCAUUGAAAUGGUAUCAGCGUGAACAAGACAGUUGUCUUGUUGCUCACAGUGGUUUAUUUUAAACCAGGGGUGUCUGGUCCUUCUCCUGGAAGGCCGAUGUCCUGCAGAGUGUAGCUCAUUAAUAAUUAAUACACAUAUAAAGCACACCAGAACUAGUUAAACAAGGUCUUCUGGGGUGCAAGAAAUUUCCAGGCAGGAUUGGGUAACCCUUCUUUACACAGUUUUUGUUUUUUGUUUUGUUUUGUUUUGUUAUGUUAUCUUUUGUUAUAUGUUUUGAUUUGUUUUAUGUUAUGUUAUGUUAUGUUAUGUUAUGUUAUGCUGUUAUGCUAUGCUGUUAUGUUAUGUUAUGUUAUGUUAUGUUAUGUUAUGUUAUGUUAUGUUAUGCUAGGUUAUGCUAUGCUAUGCUGUUAUGUUAUGUUAUUUUAUGUUAUGCUGUUAUGUUAUGUUAUGUUAUGCUAUGCUAUGCAAUGUUAUGUUAUGCCAUGCUGUUAUGUUGUUAUGUUAUGUUAUGUUAUGCUAUAUGUUUUGAUUUGCUUAGUUUUUUAUUUUUAUUUUUUUAAUUUAAUUUUUUUUUCUCUCACCAAAUCCACAUUAUGCACAAACAAAUAGGAAUGUGUCAGUAGUUUAAUCCGUGUACAUCCUCAUUGAUAAAUAUUGAUUGUAACUGAAUCUUUUUUAUUCCUAAUUUGAUAAUGAUGUAAAUGACCUCUGCUUUAUUACAUGUUAUGUGUGAGGUACUAAUGCUUACUGAUACUGAUUUUCAGUAUAUUUCUAAGAUUUAUUCCUUUAUAAUUAGAUGAAGAAAUAUAAUGCCUUCACUAUUUGUUUUAUGGAGACUGUGGUCAUUGAUGUUUUAGUUUUUAGAGUACCAUUUGAAGGUGUAGUAGCAGAAUAGUUUAUGAUACAGUAAUGUCAGGAUUUGAUUUGAAAUAUUUUUGAUGAUUUACCCUCACAAUGAUAAAUAGAGGGCCACUGAAGUGGUUAUGAAGCUCAUGUCAUGUGCUAUUGUUGGGAGUUUGCCAACAUCAGUGAUUGAUCUCUUUUAAAUUACCAGAUUACAAAGCAAUGCAAUUAUAGAGCUUGCUGUGGCAUGUUUAUGUUUGUGCGUAGCAAGUCACUGUGCUUUUUGUGUAUGAAAUGUACCUUAUACUGUAUAUAUGAUGAAUUUUUCAUUUUUCUAUUCUUCUUGAAUUUCAGAUUUCUAUUUUUUACAUGUUUGUUCACUUUUUUUUCUCAUUUUUUCAUUGCGUGUUCUAAAUACAGAUUGCAAUAUUGAAAACAUGUUUUAAACAAUACUGUAUAUCCUGAUCUGAAUUCUUUCAAAGAGUUGAAUUACUGUUGUCCACCCUGAAAAAGAUAUUUUGGUUUUCAUGUAGACGUUUUAAAAAGAUGGCAUCAAUAUGACAGUUACUGGUGCCAACUAGUGAGCAAAAAUGCAUCUCUUCUGAAGGAAGAAGCAUUUCAUGUUUACUUUCGGCGUGAGAAAAAGCUCUUUAACUUCCCACAAGAGCUUAGCGACGCAGGGCCAGAAUUGGAGCAAAACAAAAAUACAACAACACCAACAAACACGACUGACAGAUUUAUUUCUUUAUUUAUUUUGAAGUGUAAGUGAGCGCUGAUGCUCCUGCCACCAUUAUAUGGAAUCAACAGGGAAUAGUGUGCUGAGAAAAUAACAAGCAAAAUAAUUAAAUAUGGAUUUCCAGAACCUGCUGUUUUCAUUCUGAAUAUUCCAACUGUUUGUUAUGCAUACUUGUAAUAUUCAAAAGGAACCGUAGUGUUUUUGUUUUUUUACUUUAAUGGAAUAUUUUACUGCUAGUGUGGAUAUCCUGUGGUUUCUACAGUGAUCUUCUACUUUUUAUAUUGCAUACAGUAUAUCUAGCCUUUCUCUGUGGGAAUUUUUCAUGAUUUCUGUCAUUGUAUCACUUUAUUAUGUUCAGACACAUUGUAAUUAAGAUGUUCUGCAUUGUGCACUGUAGAUCAAAAUCAUCUAUAACACUUUAUUUUAAGGACCAAUUCCCACUAUUAACUAGUUGCCUAUAAGCAUGCAUAUCACUAGCAUAUUGGCUGUUUAUUAGUACUCAUAAAGCACAUAAUCUCAUAUUUUAGAUGCCUUAACCCUACCCCAUACCUAAACUUAAAGUGUGCAUGAAAUCUAAAUGUACAAUAUGUACUUUGUUAACACACAUCUUAAAUCUUGAGAUAAACAAUUAAUCUGUGCAAGUAAAUCCACUGAAAAACAAUUGUCUAGGUAAUCUUUAAUCAAAAUCUGAAGAUUUGUUUCAGCUCUGGAACCGUAUUUGUCUAUUCAGUAUUCCUUUUCAGUUCAGAUGUAUUUUUUUAAAAAUAUGUCAAUGCUAAAAUAAAUUUGCGAGUAAUUUAUGGUUCAUGCAGACUUAUGAAUGAAGCAGCAAAUUAGGAGUUUAUUGAGGCAAAAGUCGUAGUUGGUCCAUAAACUAAAGUGUGACCAAACCAUCAAAGUUUACUUCACUUAGUGCUGUGAUCUUUUCUCUCUGAUAGGGAAUUGUAACGCUUGACCUCUGACUCAAUCAUCAUUUGUAGUAUGAGCAGUCAAAUAAUAAAAAUGUAAUGUGAAAAUGCAUGUAAAGAUAUUUGGUCUUUUGUUUGUGUGUUUGUUUCAUAUGGACACUUUUGAAAUCCUAAAAG